CAGAGUGGGAAUGGAGUGAUGGUAAAACCAGAGAUUAUUCUGCCAGGUAAUGGCCCCCAUUCUUCCCCUUUCCUGGACCUCCACGGAUCCCGGCACCCCUGUGUCACGAAAACCUAUUUUGAUGAUGGCUUCAUCCCCAAUAACAUCUUUAUUGGUUGUCCUGGCAAUGAGGAAGAGGAGAGUGAGGACAAUAGGAAGGCACUGGCUCCCUGUGUACUUGUCACAGGGCCAAACAUGGGAGGCAAGUCCACCCUAAUGAGGCAGUGUGGCCUGAUUGUGAUUUUGGCACAGUUGGGUUGCUAUGUGCCAGCUGAAAGCCUGCGCCUAACCCCUGUGGACCGAGUGUUCACUCGCCUUGGUGCCUCCGAUCGUAUCAUGUCUGGAGAGAGUACCUUCUUUGUGGAACUUAAUGAAACAGCCAGUAUCCUCUUGCAUGGGACCACUCAUUCACUUGUUCUUGAUGAACUGGGUAGGGGUACUGCCACCUAUGAUGGCACGGCCAUUGCAAGUGCAAUGGUGAAGGAACUGUCGAUGAGGAUCUGCUGCCGAACUAUAUUUUCCACCCAGUACCACUCACUGGUAGAAGACUAUUCUCAGAAUUGUGCUGUUAAACUUGGUCAUAUGGCCUGCAUGGUGGAGAAUGAGUGUGAUGAGGAUCCUAGCCAGGAAACCAUCACUUUCCUGUACAAAUUCAUCAGUGGUGCUUGUCCCAAGAGCUAUGGAUUUAAUGCUGCACGCCUUGCCGACAUUCCCGAAGAGGUGAUUCAGUCAGGACAUUGCAAAGCCCAUGAGUUUGAGAGGAGUACCAUGGUUCUGACUACCUUUAAGAAACUGUGUUCAUUUGCUGAAGAUCCUAUGGCUAACCAUGAACAGUUUGCCAGACUGGUUCAGAUGAUUUGCAACCUGUAAUAGAGAAAACAGCUGUACUCUGUAUAAGAGGGGUAUUGUUCACCUGGAAAGUCUUUUCUUUUCUCCUUCUGACAUGAUGAUCUAAUAAAGUUUAUCUGAAAAA